ACAAAUAAAAAAAAAAGUACUUGUGUUUGCCAAGUUGCCAACUUUUGCUUUGGCAUUUGUUCGUUUUGCAAUUGCAAUUGAAAAGAAAAUAAACCUAUGAAAACUUCAGUGCAUGCUGUUAAAUUAAUUUAAAUAGAAUGUUUAAACGCUGUCAUUAAUUAGGACGCCAAUUUGUGUGUCAAUGUAAAUCUAGUGAUAACAGUGGGCCGGACUUCCAACCAAGUUGUUGUAAUAGUGCGUUUAAGAUAUGGAACCGGACCAUCAACCAAAACUAAGUCCAAUCAGGGCUUUUCAAGUACUUCACGGACCGAGCCUAGAAGCUGAAGAGGCAAAUACCAGCCUUUCGGAGUACCAUGACUAUGAGCCCAGGUUGGAGUUUGAUGACUCUGAGCUUACUCAAAAUUCAUACCUAGCUCCGUUGCCUCCUGAACUCAUGGAUUUACCAGACUAUCUUUUGCAACGUUCUGCAAGUGAUGGAACCAUUGAAGAAAACUUUGAAGCAGAACUAUCCAGAGGGCCAGAGGUCUAUGCUGAGAUAGCGACAUCGUCUCUUGACGACGACUCCUUUGCCGAGCUUAACGGUACAGGCUUGGUGGAAGUGGUCGGUGACGACGAGAUUGGACGUCGGAUCAUUGUAGUAUCGGCCUGUAGACUUCCGCCCAGGGAAACCUUGCACCAGGACAGACUAUUGAGGUACCUGAUGUUCACGCUUGAUAAAUAUGUAGAACAGGACUACAGUGUUGUCUACUUACAUUGUGGGCUCAACAGUAAUAACAAACCACCCCUUUCAUGGUUAUGGAAAGCGUACAAAGCAUUCGACAGAAAAUAUAAGAAAAAUCUUAAGGCGUUAUAUUUAGUUCAUCCGACCAACUUCAUAAGGAUCGUGUGGCAAAUGCUGAAGCCGGCUAUAAGUGUAAAGUUUGGCAGAAAAAUGAUGUAUGUUAAUUACUUACACGAACUACAACAAUAUUUAAACUUGGACAAACUUUGCAUUCCGGAACCAGUGCUCGAAUAUGACAAGCUACUUCUGUCCAAGAACCCUAAAGCGGCAGAGAUCGCUCGGCUGCAGUCUCAGCGAAAAGAAACAUUACCAGACCAAAGUGACGUUAAGUCUAUACCCAAAGCAAGCCUUUCGCCACCCCCUACCCAGCAGUUCGGCGUGUCACUACAAUUUGUUAAAGAGAAUAACGCCAAUAUGGUAGACUCGAUACCGCCUGUGGUCAGACAAUGCGUUGAGUUCUUAUCGCAACCGGACGCUUUGGAAACUGAGGGCUUAUUCCGUCGUUCGGCCAACAUAUUGGUUAUUAAAGAACUACAGCGCGCUUGCAACAAAGGCGAGACGAUAUCAUUCAGAAAUGAUCCCCACAAUGCAGCAGUAUUGUUAAAGACAUUCUUAAGGGAUUUGGAAGAACCUCUCAUGACCUUUGAUCUAUACGAUGAGAUACUGAAAUUCCAGACAUGGUCCAACCGGGAAAAACCGAGGCAGGUGAAGAUAUUGAUUCUGGAAAGGCUGCCGUUAGAUAAUUACAAAUUGCUGAAAUAUAUUAUUCAGUUUUUAUGGAAGGUGCAAGAUAGGAGCUGCCUGAAUAAAAUGACUAGCAGCAAUCUCGCCGUUGUGUUCGGCCCGAACUUGGCAUGGCCACCGAACGGGCAGAUGUCGCUGCAAGCUAUCGCUCCCAUUAAUGCAUUCACCGACUUCUUAUUGGAGAAUCAAGAGUCUAUAUUCAUUAUUUGAACACAAACAUCACCGGACGUAUACCUUCCAAAAAGUAAGACCCCUCCGACUCAUAUAGAGACGGCCGCGGAGCAUAACAAGACAAAAGUGAAAAAGUCUCGCGACUGUCAUUGUAUAUGAAUUAUGAAUACAGGUAAUAUCCUCACGAAAUAUCUAAUGUUUGUACCUGAUGUCCUUAGAGAGUGAUCAAAGUUUAAAGCUAAUAACACACUAACGUCUUACGAUGCGCUGGUAGUCAUCCGGUUUGUUAGAUGAAAUGUUACGACACUGUAAUGUGUCUUAAGUACUAAUAAUAGUACCUAUUUUUUUUUUUUUUACUUGACAUUAUUAAGAGUUAUUUGUAGGGAUGCCUUUUAAUGAAAUUAAAAUUAUUAUCAAAUGAACUUAAUCUACUUUGAUUGUCGUCCACAUCGACGGUUGUUCGUCAGACUUUGUAGAUAUCUAUGCCGGCGUAACCGAGAAGUUAAUUACAUCAAACAGUAAACAUGCAGCGCGAAAGACUAAUAUGUAAGAUUUUAGUCAAAAGCGCUCAAAUUUAGUAUAAAAAAAAAGAUAUACAAAAAGAAGUUUGAUUCUAAAGUGGCGUUCAUUUAACUUUGUCACUAAUAGAAUAUAAUAGAUUAUAAAAAAAAAUCGAUAGUGUUCAUCCAGAAUAAUUUGAAUAUCGACCUUAAUUAAUAGAGUCGAUAUGAAACUUUAUGGAAUCGAUUAUAAUCUUAAUUGACGAUUUAAUUGUAAAUGACCCUUGAUAGUAUUGUUCCAGUACUUGCUAUAUUGUACAGAUAUUUCAUGUGAUUGAUCAUAUAAUCUAUUAUUAGAUUAUUUGCGCUUAAAUACUAUAUAUGCCAAUCCACAAGACAUUGGUAUGUUUUUAGCUGUACUGUUGUAAGGUAGAUGCCAUUUAAUACAAAUAAUUGUUAAUACAGCCCAUAUUAAUGUAAUGUAUUAUUAUUAAAUUAUAUUUAAUGUUUUAGAUUAAGAGAAAUAGAAUUAUAUUUGUAACGCCAAAUGCGAACUAUCGUGUAAUUAUUUAUAUUGUACUUUGAUGUUAUACAAUUUUAAAUAUGAAAUUUAACAUUGAAAUAUGGUUUCCAUUACUAAAUCUCGCAGAUGUAAUAUCGAAGUAUAAUAUUACUUAAAGUAUAAUUUGUUUUAAUCGAAAUUUAACCAAUAUGUUAUGUCUAAUUAGGUUAUAUAACUCGCUGAGUUGUAAAAUCUCGUCGUGUAUAAUAUCGCAUACAAAUUUUAUUAAUUACCUUAAUAUAAGUUUUUUUUUAAUAUAAAUUGGUUAUUAUCCAACAACUACAUUACGUACACAUAGUUGUACACAACUAUUGUUGUACAAUAUGUGCGUAAUGAAAAUGAAACUAACAACAAUAGAUAACAUAUAUGAAUUAUAAGGAUUCGUUCAGUAUGUACUGUACCCAAAUCUUCAUACCGAACUUAUUAGGUGGAUCAAAAAUCGUAAUGAUCAUUAUUUUUUUUUACUUAACCACUACAAAUAUAAUAGAACACUGGUAAAAUGGUAGUCUGAAAUGAUUGAUAUAGGUCUUUAUAAACAACAAACUUUAUUUGGUGAAAUUAUUUUAAACUUUUUUAUCUCUUUUUUUUAAUUGAAUGUGUCGGUGUGAGUAUAUAGAAAAAAAAAACAGUCAUUUUAAUGACAAACAAAUACGGAGUCUUUAUUUAUUUAUACUUUUUUUAUUUACUAUAGUAUUUUUUCGGUCUAAUAUAACGAGAUAAAGUCAGGGCCAUUAUAUUAAUUUAUAACGCAUAUUAAAAAUUUUUGUUUCCAAUUGUUCCCAAUUGAACGAACGCUAUAUUGUCGCUUGUGCUUGUAUAUUGACAGUUCUAGGUCUUUCUUCACAAUCUUUCAGCCACUAGAACUAGAUGAAGACCACCCAGAUCAGAAUGUAUAAUACAGACUUCGAACUUCCCACCCAAUUCUUGUUACUAUAGUACUCUUACUAUGAAUGUAUCCCCUAUUUAUUCCACUUCACAUAACAUUUCUAUUCUUUCUAUACUCCAACGGCCAGGAACGUAUACUGCUAGUGCAUCUUUUUCUUCAAUGAGUCCUCAAGUAAUAAAAAAAAAACAGACUAUUCGACGGAGUAUGCCUUCUACUUCUGGCUUUAACCUCUUAACUGUUUCUUUUCUUCCUGUUAGGGAAAUGUGGAAUUAUACAUUCGGAAUACCUAUUAAGCGGAUACAAAAUAUUAAAUAGGACGUUGCAAGAAAAUACGAGUACAGACUCUAAAGCGAAUCUAUUUAUUAAUUUACUUUUUUAUACUUAUCUUGGUGUAUGUAGAAUAAUAUUAUUUCUACAUUUGCGUAUCAGUAUUUCUUAAAACACAUGUAACAAUUUGUAAUAGCUACUGAACGCGGAAACAACGAGAAAUGUAGUUACUAUUAAUUGUGAAUUACUCCAAUGUGUUUUCUUUGGGUUUGCAUUGCAUUUUUAAAAAUUAUUCGCGCGAUUUCAUUUUUAUUUAUUACGUUUGCCGCCUCUACGUGUAUGUGUGUGUGUUUUUGUAGAGUUAUGUUUUAAAUUCAAUUAAGCUUUAUUAUCGUCCUGCCAAAAUGAAAGUUAUUGACGGUACAAUAUAAUUAUUCUAAACCUUAAUAUUAUAAUAGUGUAUGGUUUGUUUUAAUUCAUUUUAUCUAGAUUCAUAAGAAUUAUGGGAUAGGUAUGUUAGUGCAGAUAUCCAUUGUAUCAGUUACUGACUUUAAAUUCGAAAUGGAGUAUGGGUGCCGAUUCUGUACUUGUGUAAAUCGAUUUUAAGUUAGUUGACGCGGCACCACGACUGUCUUUAAUGAGGUUAGAACAGUUACACAAUCUCUUUACUUGACCCUUGUCUCCCUAGACAAGUGAUAAACAAAUUUAUUGAUGGGCACGUUUUUCUUAGCGUUCGUAUGAGAAAGAAUGUAUAUCGUGUUCUACCUCUUGCAUGUGGUAGCGAUGACGUAUACACAACUUGUCUAGAGGGACUGGCGUGCUUUAUCGCAACCACGUAAAAGUGUAAUAAUAUAUAUCGUCAAUGCCAUGAUGUCAUAUCAAAGCAUUCUAAUGAACGGCAAAAAUAUUCAUAGUAACAAAUCCUAGUUUUUGUAUGAUUGGUUAAGGGGAAUUAUAAAUAUAUAAAAAAAUAUAUAUAACACUGUUGAUAGGUAAAGAACGCCUUACGGUGUUAAGUCCGCCAUAUGUACACAUGUAUAUUAAUAUUUAAAUGAAUAAAUUGUAAAAAUAAAUGAGCAUUCUAUCGCAAAGAUAUAUAUUAAUUUACUAUUUUCUAGCAAAUUCAUCAUAAAUAAUAAAAUGAGAAUAAGAAUUCUUCGUGACAUGUACCAUUAAAAACUGACUGAUAGAAAUUACUGGAUCUGACUUAUUGUCAUCAGUGUUUAAUGUUGAUGACAAGUGAUAAAUAUAAUACAGGACGAUCAAUGUAAAUAGAUAGUGAUUAUUUUCAAUAUAUAUAUAUAUCCCAAAUGAUAAUCAUUUACGAAUUUAUGUUUUUUGUAUUACCACUGAACUGCAGAUCUGCGUUUAUUUAUAUGCAGUGCUUAUUAUGUGGAUGGAUAAUGACGAGUCAGGAAAAAGUCUUUUAUAAUUUUUUUUUAUUACAUUUCAUAAGUUAAACGUACGCACCUAGAUAUUUUUUUUUCUGUGGACCAAACAUUUUUACAUAAAUUUGUAGGUAUAAUGUGUCAAAUUUUUGGAAUAAUUAUUAUAACUAAAAAUGUAAAUAAAAAUAUUUGCAUUAUUAAUGCCAAGUUAAAAAUUUGAACUUUCGUGGCAGUUAUUAUAGAAGGAAGUACUGCGAUGAAAAUUGUCGUAAAUGAACUGUUGAGGAAAGGGAAAUUAAAAUAUUCGGGAACUUAUCUAACCACCAACACUCUAAAUCCGUAUCGUAAUGAAAAAAAAAAUCGAAAAUGUAAAAAAAAAGAAUUGGCUUCAGACCAGUUAGAGAAAUUCAAAUAGAGUUCAUUUGUGUUAUGAGUAAUUGGGCAUAAUAGGUCGUUUAUCCCUAAUCUGAAAAAAAAUUUCAAGUAUACUUUUUUUAUUUUUUUUUUUCAAGUAAACUUAAAUAUAAACACAUUUUUUAAUUUACCGCCCAGUAUGGAAUGCAAUUUCAUCUGACAUUCAAAUUCUGUAAAUAUUAAUUUAUAGAAAUUUUGUUAUUCUGUAAGUUGGCUAUAUCUUCACCAAUAUGAACAAGGCACAUGCACCUACUUCCUUAUCUUAUUGAACUGCAAUCGUGAACAUGUUUAUAUUUUAACUGUUUUAUGCGCGUAUUAAACGACAUUGAAGAUAAUAUCAAAGUGUACAUUUGAAUGCAUUUUGAAUUUAUAUUUAUUAUUAUUAGUUGGUCUGUUUGGUUUUAGUUGAUCGGAACGGAUCGACUGAAAUCUAAAUGAAUUAUCUAUGUCCAUAGAUUUCGAACACUUAGGUAUUUAUAAAAUGUAAAUGGCUGGGCGGGUACAAAUUUUCAGCAUAACAGAUGCAAUUUCUUUAUUAUUAUAAAUUGGUUGGGAAUACCCUAUAUUUAUUUAUUUGAAUAAAUUCUUUUUCUUCGAGUUCCACUCUUAUUAAUCUUUUUAUAUGACAUAAAGGCAGUCUUAAUUGCUCUUAUCUUGUCAUACCUCCAAUAGCCUUGAAGCAACCGCUCUGAAGAGUGAGGUAAUCUUCCAAACCAAACCACUCCCGCAGGUUCAUCAGGCAGAAGUGCCGCCUUCUCCCGGCACCUCUUUUAUCAGCAAGCUUACCUUGGAUAAUUAGCUGGAUUACUCUAGUUAUAUAUAGUUUAUUCAAAUAAAUAUAGAGUACUAUAUACCCUAUAGGUUUAUAAUAUGUCAAUAAUUUAAAUAUACAAUCUAUUCAAACAAUAUCUGGUCUAAGGAUCUCGUCACCAUCCAAUCGCAGCGUAUAGACCAAAUCAAGGUAUCAGCAAUGAGAAUUGCUGCAUAUUAUUUUCAAACUAAAUGCUUUAAAAUGAGUCUAUGAAGUAUACCUAAGGUUUAGUAAUUUCCAAUCAAGCAACGGCUUGGCUGAGGGGAAAGAUGGUAGUUCUGAUGUGAACUACGAUAAUUACGUAUAUGAACUACAAAGAGCGAAGUUCAACUUCCCUUUAAAAUUAUAGAAGAUGAUAAAUAAUGUUCUAAAUAUAAUUACGUAUAAUUAAGAAAUUACUAUUAGUAUUUAAGUUUAUAUAGUAGACAUGCGGAGGUAAUUUACUAUGUCAUGGUAAACGUGUAUACCAAAAAUAACAAUAGCUGUAUGAUUGUAAUAGUAUUAUUAACAUUGUCGAAACAAAGUUUAAAAAUGUUAGGGGUUUUUUUAAGAAUAUUUAGUGGAAAAUAUCUUUAUGAUUUAGUUGUUAAGAAUUUAACUAAUAUGUUCCUCGAUUUGAGUGAAUUGUCUAUUAUAUUAUCUUUAAUAUACUUGAAAUUUAUAUGUUUUAUAAUCUUUAGGCUUAUUGGAAAGUAAAUCUUGCGUGUCAGAACACAAGAAUUAUUUUCUGUUGCAACGGAAUAUUUUCUCAAGGACCAUUAUGUAAGUAGUUUAUCUUGAAAUAAUAUUUAUAAUAAUUGUGUAUCACACUAUUAAAAGCGUUCGUACUGAAAACUGUCAAUAUUAGAAUUUUCUGUUAGUUUUCAGAACAAUUUUUAAAAUGUGAAAUUAUAUUGAACUGAAAAGUUUAUCACGUAUUAGUAACUGUCACUUAAUAUUUCGAUGUUGAAAAUAAUAGAAGAUUAAAGGAAAAUCUAUAUAAUUCAGAGAUAUUGAAUAUUGUCAGAUAAUAUAGAAAUUGUUAGAAUUCAUUAUGAACGCUCUUAAUAUACAAUAGUCAUCACGUCUUCCAUACACUUUCAGUUUUAAAGUAUUUCAAAUUUGAAGGAUGAUUUACAGUCUUUAUACUCAUGAAAUAUAUAUAUGUACAUAAAAAUACAAUAGGAAUUGAAUGUACUCUUGACUCCAUUCUAGAAAGGCUUUUAAUUAUUAUAAUGAUAAUGGAAUGGUAAUCCCGUCUGUAUUAACGGUAUACACUAGCGGGGUACCAGUGAGGGAUGGAAAGUGAGAAGGAAAAGGCAGGUUAGUUAGCCUAUUGUGAUGAAUACACCUGGAAUCAACCACGACGGUUUUUAGGAGGAUCACGUGGAGAUUGACCCGACCUGACCUGAUUAUAUACCCUAUAUUACUAGCAAUGGGAUCACUAGCAUAAUCCGCAUUACUAACAAUCCGUUUUCAUUUUCGUCAGGUCGACCUCUUUGCGAUUUCCCCUGGAAACCAUUGUGUUCAAUUCCAAGUGAAUUCAUCACGAUGAGCUAACUGCCCUGCCUUUUUAUUCUCACCUGUCAUCCCUAACUGUUACUCCGUCAGCGUAUACCGUUGGCGCAGGCGGAGUUUCCGUUCCAUUAUCACCCAUUUAAAAUAUAGUGUCAAUUUAAUCUGUUGACUAAAACAUUAAGGGUUAAUGAUUUCAGUUGUAUAGUUUUAAAAUUUUGAAAACCUAUGAACUAACCAAGAUUUACGUUGUUAGUAACAGAAAUACAAUUCGAAUGAAACAUUGCGUUGUAGGCAGGCUUUGAAGUUUUAACUCUUCCUAAAGCACAAAACUUAUUGAUAGAGGUUGAAACAUAACUUGUGUUAUGACGUCAUUUAAAAUUAAAGGCGUGUUCACAGUGACAAAAUAUGACAAAGCAAAUAAACAUUGGGUGUAUGGCCUAACUGGAUUGAUAGUUUUCUCGAUACAUUUCUAAAUAUUUAUUACUAUAUGUAUAUAUAUGAAGUAACAAUAAUAAAAUAUAUUACAGACUAUAAACUAAAUUACGAAUAUAUAAAUACACACAUAUAACUGUACUAUAAGUGUCUUUAUAGACUGGUGUUAUAAUGUUUAUUUCGUUUGUAACGCUUUAUCUGAAUAUAACAUUAUGUACAUAAAGUUAUAUUUAGAUUCUAUUGUAUCUAUACUCACAGGUGUAUUGUGUGUGAUAAAUACCAUCACAAUUAAAUUAUAAUCAUCCAGAAAUAUCUUUGAGUAUUCAUUAAUGUAAAAGUUUAUAUUGAGUCAGUUACUGAUACCAUACUCGAGAAAAAUCAUUGUAAAUUGAUCUGACAAUUUCAAUUAAUGUUUAUAGUUGUUAUAGCUAGUGUGGGUUGUAGUAGUACAAAUAUUUGUUAUGACUGCGUUUAGCGUUUACGUCGUGUGUAUGUACUGAAAAUGUAGCUGCGUCUCUAGUUGAUUGUUUUGAAAAUUCAGAUUACAAACUCAUCGACUUAAUCAUAACGUAAAUUCAUUGUACAGUUCAGACUAGCCACUCUGUCCGACUACUUCAACAAACUGCAUGAGUCAGUCUUUUUGGUGCCCUUAUACAGACGUAUAUAACUGACCUAAUGUAAAUUUACUUUUGAUUUGAAUACUCAAAGUAUUCAGUGUAAGAGCUGCAGUUUCUCACUCUAUAUUAGCCAUGUACUAUUAAUAAUAAUUGUAGUUUUCUAUGUUUGUAAGUACAAGAUGUAGUAUGUAUUGCAGUUCAAACUAGUUUUUAGGUUUUAGCCUGAAGAUGAAUGCAUGUAAUUUUUACUUUUCACUAAAAAUGAAAAACCAUAUCACAAAGAGUAUGGACUGGUGUUUCGUGUGUCAACCACGAAUUUUUAUUCUUAAUUUGGCAUUCCAUUUAAUACAAAAUUAAUUUAUAUUUAAUAAAUCUUCAUAGCUAUUUUUUAUGUUAAUAACUGAAGUGACGAUGACUAUGAUGAAUUAUUUACAGACAACGAACUUAUACCUAUUUAUUGUUCAAUUAUUUUUGUUUAUUCCCAAAGGAGCUAUUUUAUAUAAUGAAAAUCGACUAUAUUAUUUAUAAUGAUAAUUAACUAAAUUGUAUAAAGAAGACAAUUUUGCUUUAUAAAAGCAUUUUUAAGUGUUUCUUGAACAACCAAUAAAUGUAAUUUUAUUUAGACAGAAACUUGUAUGUUUUAAUGUAAUAAUAAAUUGUUUAAAACUUUAAUAUAUGAUCUGUUAACAGACAUUAAUUAUGUCAAUAAAAUUUGAUAAUU